AUGUUGAUAAAAGAUUACAAAUUAUCCAAGUUUGAGACCUUGGAACAAUCAAAUCCUGUUGAAGUUCAACGAGAACCGAUAGAAGAAGAAUUAGAAGAAAUUAAGGAAUUUCAUUUUCAUGUUUAUUUCUUUCAGCGAGACUCAGCAGUGAAAUUACGAGAAAAAAUUAUUAAGUUAACGAAUAAAGGAUUCUUCCAUCCAGUACCUUAUCGCAUCACUAAUUUUACUCCCGGUUCAUAUGAAGUUUGGUGUCCUAAAGAAUACUUUUCCCGAGUGUAUUCUUGGUUCAUACUUCAUCGCGGUAUUCAUUCAGUGCUCAUACAUCCCUUGACUAAAGAUCAGUUAUUGGAUCAUACUGAUCGUGCAGUAUGGAUGGGUUCUUCAGUCCCAUUGGAUACAAGAUGGUUGAGACCAGUUUUACCAAAAACACCCUCGCAAUAUCCGGAAUUAAAGUUAGGAUAUAAUGCACCACCUUCAGAUGAAACUACAGAUUUGGAUGCGAAUAUGAAUUGA